AUGUCUGUCGAAGCCGCCAUGAGCGACCAAACCGAGACCAACUCGGACAAGGUCCCCGAACCAACCCCGGUCGAAACGCCCCCCAACGACCUUGAGUUGCCCCCAGAAGAGGGAGUCCAGGGCUGGCUCUGUGUUGCCGGCGCCACCGUCUGUCUUUUCUGCAGCUUCGGAUUCCUGAACGCAAUCGGCGUCUUCCAAGCCACAUAUCAGCAAACUUCACUCCGAGAUUAUACGCCGUCCGACAUCGCAUGGAUCUUUGCAGCGCAGCUGGCCCUCAUGUGGGCGCCAGGCCCGCUCUUCGGCCGCCUCAUCGAUACGUACGGACCUGGGCCGGUGCUGUAUCCAUGCGCCUUUAUGUGCGUCUUCUCGCUAUGCAUGACGAGCCUCGCCGACCGCUAUUACCAGAUCUUCCUGGCGCAGGGCCUUGGCUUUGGCAUUGGAUCGGGCGGCGUCUUCACAGCCGCCAUGGUCUGCGUCGGCCAGUGGUUCGUCCGCCGCCGCGGCCUCGCCCACGGGCAUUGCCAGCACCGGCAGCAGCCUUGGCGGCGUCAUCUUCCCCGUCUUCUUCGACCGCGUCAUGCAGCGCGUCGGCUUUUACGGCGCCGUCCGCUAUACGGCCCUGCUGAUCGGCAUUUUGCUUGCCUUGUCGUGCUUCGCCGUGCGCUCGCGCAUGCCGCGUAA